UUGUUGAAGAGAAUGGCAGCUACUACACCUUUUAAUGAAACAAAUGAUGCUCCAACUGCAGAAGGUGAUGAGACUAGUAGAAUUGAUUGGCCUUCACAAUUGUUUAGAGAUCAUGUUAUUUUUAGACUUGAGGCAGAGCUGACAAAAGCUUUCAAUAUUCAGCUCCCAGACGAUGCACGACAAAUAGAAGAAUAUGUUUUUCAAAAUUGUCCAAGUAAAGAUGAAUAUAUGAGAACUAUUGCAAGGGUCCCAGGCGAUGCACGUCAAGUAGAAGAAUAUGUUUUUCAAAAAUGUUCAAGUAAAGAUGAAUAUAUGAGGACUAUUGCUAAGGUUAUAAACGCCAUAAAUUGCAAUUCAAAAAGCACAGCUAUGCCGCCAGGGUUUCAAGCACAACAGCAACAAGGAGGAAUUGUUAAAUCGCCAAAUUCUUUAUUAACUCAACUUGGAAAUGGUGGAGGGGGAUUGGGAGGAAGUGUAACACCAACAACAAAGGCACAGAUUCCGCCUGAUCCACAGCCUACACAUCAACAACAACCUCAGGCCCGAUUUCCUUUGCAACAACAACCUUCUAAUACAUCAAUAGACCAACAAACUUCAUUUCAAAUGGGACAACCUCCACCAAUAAUGAUGCAACAACAAUUUCCUCCUUCUGAUCAAAUUGAUGGUGUUGCUCCAGAUCCAUUAAUGCAAAAUUCAAAUUCUUCAAUGGGAGUAAUGGAUUAUGGAAGAAUUCAACAACACCAGCCAGGGACAACAUUUACUCCACAACAAUAUCAACAGCAAGCAAUGAUGGGUCAACCAAUGCCUCAUCAACAACCUUUGAGUGGUUCUUCUACAGCUGUUCCUUUAUCAAUGCAGCAACAAGUUUCUUCAGGACGUUCAAUAAAUAAUAAUAAAAUGAUGUCAGAUUCCCAAAUGCAACAACAACAUUCUCAAUUAUUAUUACAACAACAAAGAUAUUGGACAGCACAACAACAACCCCAAAAACAACCACAAAAUUAUAAUACUAUCCCAUUACAACAGCAACAACAAUUUGGAAUUACUCAACAAACCUUUAUGAGUCAACAGCAAAUGAUGCCUGGAGGAGGAAUGAUUCCUCAAAAUAAUAUGAUGUUACCACAACAACAACAAUAUGGAGGAGUACAACAACCAGUACAAAUGAUGCCACCAGAAUAUCCACCAAAUUUCCCACAAGAAAUUAUUCAAAAAUUAAAACUUAUGGGUCCAAAUGAACGUCCAUAUUUUGAAAAAGUUUGUCAACUUCAACAAUUUGUUGGAUUUUUACAAAAUAACUUAAUUAAAUAUCAAAGUGAUGGAGCUAUGGUUAGUAGAAUAAAUACAAUGCUUUCUGUUUUGCGGUUUGAACGUUUUAUGGGAAUGAAUGAAUUAAAUGAUAUUGAAAUUGUUAUACGUAAAAUGAUGUUUACUUCACAUCCAAGUUAUGCUGCAACAGCACAACAAUUACAACAACAGCAACACUCAUCAGCAAUAGAUCCUUAUGGACAAAUGGCUGGUAGUAAUCAAAUGCAUCCUACAGCAGCUGCUGCAAAUUGGAGUGAAUGGAGUACUUUACAAAAUACACCCCAGCAUGCAGCAAUGGUUGGUUCUUCAGGAAUGAUGCGUGGGGGUGGUGUUGGUGUUGCAGGUGGUUAUUCUUCGGGAGCUACUACAAUGCAAAAAAUGGUACAGCCAACACAAGCUUCGUCUUAUAUGCCUGGAGGUGUAAAUACGUCCUCAUCCUUUUUUGGCAGUGCUCCUCCCUCUUCUCAACAUGGAGGAGGUGUAGCUCCAAUUAAUUCCUCUCAUUCACAACCUCCGUAUUCCUCUUCUGGAAUGAUGAUUGACCAAAAAUAUCAACCUCCACAAUAUUCAACAUAUACUUCACAACAACAACAACAAUAUCCCCAACAACAACGUCAAACAUAUGGAAGUAAUGUUAUAGAUAAUACAAAUACAAUGUCUGUAUCAAAUCAACCUAUAAUGACUCAACAAAUGCAACAACAGCAACAAUGGCCGACUUCUACAGGUGAUACUGCUAUUGAUGAUUUAUAUUCUUCUAUGGAUGAUCUUUUACCUGUGCCUACUGAACAACAAACGCCUUCAAGUUCUAAUUCUGGCCGUCCUUUGGAUAAUAUGUUGGGAAGUGGAAAUGUUGGAGGCCGUUCAAGUGGAAUUACAGUCAAUAUUUCCCAACUCCCCGAUGCAAUACGUUCAGAAAUUGCAGAGUUGGAACAACGCUUUCAAUUUGAUUCAAUUGUUGAAAUUGCUUCAGAUAUGCACUCUUUUGUGAUAAAAUGUAUUUUGAGAAGCCAGCAAGUUCCACCACUUCGUAUUAUUAUUCCUCGUGGUUAUCCUGUUGGAGCAGUUUCAGUAAAAAGAGAAAUACUUGAUUUGGAUUCUUUCUAUUUUGAUGACCUUCAAAAUUAUAUUCACGAACAAUUUGGAAAAUUAAAUUCGCGAACAAUAACAGAUAUAUUAAAUACAUGGGAGAGUGCAGUUCAACAAUUUUAUGAAAAUGAACAAAUGGGUCAAAAUAAUAAUUUUGAAGAUUUUUCGGGUUUUACUAAUUAA